GCGUCCCCUCGCGUCUGCCUACAAAAAGUCCCGUAAGCGCUUUCAAACCACGCUAGCGGAGCUCAUCCUCUCUCUCUCUCUCUCUCUCUCUCUCUCUCAAAAUGCCGGUGAAGACGGUGGAUGCGACAGUCCCUACCUUUAAUCAGGCAUUCGAGAAUUUCAGAUCGGAAGCCCCCAAAAAUCAAGCAAAUCUCCUCCUUUUCUUAGCCGACAAAGACCCUUCUACCUCUCUUAGCUGGUGCCCUGAUUGUGUCAGAGCCGAACCAAUAAUAUAUAAGAAGCUCGAGGCGUCAUCAGGUGAUGUUGCACUCUUGAGAGCAUUCGUUGGGGACAGACCCACAUGGAGAAAUCCUAACCACCCAUGGAGAGUCGACCCAAGGUUCAAACUCACAGGAGUCCCGACGCUCAUCCGUUGGGAGAAUGAUGCAGUUGGCGGGCGCCUUGAAGACCACGAGGCACAUGUCGAACAUAAAAUCAAUGCCCUCAUUGCCAGCAAAUGAGCCUAUUAUCAUGCCAUUUUCCUAUUUCAAGGUUACUUUAUUUUGGCGGGUUGCUUUUGAAAAAUAAUAAGUACAUCCAAACUUAUUAUGAAAUAAACUGAUGUGACUUGAUACAUGUUGAGAAUGCUAACACCAUUUCACACAGGAUUGAUCAGUUGAAUCAUUGUACUUGU